UACAUAGCUCGCCACUCGCACUGUGUGUGUGGGCUGUAAAGAUGUUUAUGACGGUUCUGGAAUAAUCAGGCGACGGGAGAAGGAAAAAAACGGAGCAGAAAUGCAAAGCGACAUCACGAGGAGGAAGCGUUUUUACCACGCGCGCACCUCCACCAUGAAGCAGCACGGCUGCUCGGUGGUUUGCACCGUGAACUACUUCUGCGGCUCGCCGACGUCGUUAACCAUGUCCAGGCUGCGGCUGCGUAAGAGAGCCUGUCUCGCGCUCUUCCUGUUCACGCUCUUCAUCUUCGGCACUAUGAUGGGGCUCCGGGCGCUGACGCCAAGCGACGGCUUCUCCUCCUCCGACCUCUCCGCUCCCGGCGGCGUGGACUUGAUGAUGAUGCCGUUCAUGGCGGCGGGGGGAGAGAAGAGGGCGGCUGAGAGGCGGGCUGAGAGGAGAGGAGGCCAAGUUGCCAAUAGCGACGACGUGCUGCCUCCUGCCGCCUCAGAGGGAGCAGGUGAAAGUCAAAGGAGCCGCUUCCCCCCUCCUCGCGGCGUCAGUGACACCAAAAUAGUCUUCUCGAACUCUGGGCCGGAGAAAAGUAUUUUUUACGACAUCCACAUCUUUUAUUACCUGUGGUACGGCACCCCGCAGAUGGACGGCAGUUACGUCCACUGGGACCACGUCCUCGUGCCGCACUGGGACCCCAAAAUAGCCGCCGGUCACCCCAAGGGGAAGCAGCACGCGCCGCCAGAGGACAUCGCCUCGAGCUACUACCCGGAGCUGGGGCCCUAUAGCUCGAGGGAUCCGGACGUUAUUGAGUUGCACAUGUCGCAAAUCGAGGCGGCCGCUGCAGGGGUGGUGGUCCUGGCCUGGUACCCCCCCGGGAUGGCGGACGACCACGGCGAGCCGCACGAGGACCUCGUACCCGCCGUCAUGGACGCCGCACACCGACACCGCAUCAAGGUGGCGUUCCACAUCCAGCCGUACAAGGGCCGCACGGACCUCAGCAUGCACGACAACGUCAAAUACAUCAUUGACAAGUACGGUGAUCAUGGAGCCUUCUACCGGUUCCGCGCGUCCUCUGGGAAGGUGCUGCCGCUCUUCUACGUGUACGACUCCUACCUGACGCCCGCCGAGUCCUGGGCGGAGCUCCUGACCCCCCCGGGGGCCCACAGCCUGCGUGGUACGCCGUACGACGCCCUCUUCCUGGGCCUGAUGGUGGAGGAGCGCCACCUAGUGGAGCUGCGGGCCGCCGGCUUCGACGGCGUCUACACCUACUUCGCCUCCAACGGCUUCUCCUUUGGCUCCUCCCACCACAACUGGAAGGCGGUCAAGACGUUCUGCGACGCCCACGGCCUGCUGUUCGUUCCGGGCGCGGGCCCCGGCUACGCCGACACGGCGGUGCGUCCCUGGAACGACCACAACACGCGCAACCGCGUCAACGGGCGCUACUACGAGACCGCGCUGCAGGCCGCGGUGGCCGUGCGGCCCGAGCUCGUCGCCAUCACCUCCUUCAACCAAUGGCACGAGGGCACGCAGAUCGAGAGGGCGGUGCCUAAGAAGACGGCCACGCGGGUCUACCUGGACUACACGCCCUUUAACCCCGACCUCUACCUGGACAUCACACGCCGCUGGGCACUCACCUUCAGCAAGGAGAAGGAGCAGUGGCUACUCUGAUUGGUCGAUUAGGCAAGGAGAAGGAACAGGGGCUCAUGUGAUUGGUCAA